GUGGUUUCUAUGGCCCCGCCUCCGCCAGAGUUGUCAACAGUCAGUUCAAGAUGGCUUCGCUGCCGAUGGUGAGGGUCGCGCUGCUCAUCGCGUUCUCGGUGUUUCUGACGCUCAUCCUGGGCUUCGGCUUGCCGUCUGUGCUCAACCUCUUCGCGCGAUGCUGCGGUUUUCCGGAGGCGAGCGUCACCGAGAGCAUAGUGCUGCUGUACGCGCUGUUCGUGCUGUACGUGGCCAUGCCGCGACUCCCCCGCGGGACAGUGAAGGUUGAAGGGAAAGCUUUGUUCAUUACCGGCUGUGACACUGGAUUUGGACUGUCUUUGGCCAAGCGCUUUCACAAGCUUGGCUUCACUGUGUUUGCAGGUUGUCUGUUUAAGGACGGAGAAGGUGCAAAGGAGCUGGAGAGCCUUCAUUCAGAGAAGCUGAAGGUCGUGCAGCUGGACGUCUGCAGUGAGGAGCAGGUCUCUCAGGCGGUUCAGUUUGUGACUGCUAACCUGGACGACCCGGAGAAAGGUCUGUGGGCUGUGGUCAACAAUGCUGGUAUCUCCAUAUUCGGUGAGGUGGAGUUCACAACCAUGGACACAUACAAGCAGAUUUCAGAGGUCAACCUGUGGGGCACCAUCAGAGUCACCAAAGCCUUCCUGCCUCUCAUCCGCAGGGCUAAAGGUCGCGUGGUGAACAUCGCCAGCAUGUACGGCAGAAUGGGAAACGCUCUCCGAUCCCCUUACUGUGUAUCCAAAUACGGAGUGGAAUGUUUUUCUGACUGUCUCAGGUAUGAAAUGAAGGUUUGGGGCGUCAAAGUUUCCGUCGUUGAGCCUGGAAACUUUAUCGUGGCCACGGGCAUCCUGACACGUGACAUGGUCACGACAACAGCAGAGAAGCUCUGGAAGGAGGCGCCCCCUGGUGUCCAGGAGGACUAUGGGAAAGCUCACUUUGAGCAGUGCAUGGCUCUCAUGCGCUCCUACUGCAACAGCGGCCAGCGAGAGGUCGAGCCGGUUUUAGACGACAUCACAGAUGCCAUCACGUCCAAACGGCCGUACACACGGUACAACCCCAUGGAGCCGCACUGGUGGAUCCGCAUGCAAAUAAUGACCCACCUUCCUGCGGCCAUCUCAGACAGACUCUACUUCUAAUUUCCAAUAUAUUCAUCACAAGGUGAAUCAGUGAAUUAGUAUAUGCCAUAUUGAACGUAAUCGAAUUACUAUACAAUCUUUUAAAUAAAAAUCCAAAAAAAUAAUUAGCAUACAAUCUUAAAUAAAAAAAUAAAUUAAAACAAAUCACGCAAAUCUCAAAGGAAUAUUCUAGUUAAAAUACAAGUAAAACUAUGUGUGAUACCACAGGAAAUAAGACAAGUCAGCAUUAUUUUGUCCAAAAUAUUCCCUUAAAGGGAUAGUUCACCCAAAAAUGAAAAUUUGCUGUUAAUUUCCUCACCCUCAGGUCAUCCAAGAUGUAGAUCCAAUCAAUCUGUGCAAGAAACUGAACAUUAUUAUUAUUAUUACUACAUGUAAUCCAUCUCUGGUCAUGUUCAGUUUCUUGCACAGACUGAUCGUUUCACUUCAUAAGACUUCAGUAUAUAUUGUCAGGAGCCACUGGUAUUAAUUUUGUGUUCCUUGUUAUGGUUUGUGUGACUGUCAAAGUACCUGUAGCUGUUAACUCGCAUUAUAUGAAUCACAAAGGACCACAGUUUCAACUAAAAAUCUUCUUAAAAAAAAAAAAAAAGGUCUGAGGGUAAAUUCACAGCAAAUUUUCAUUUUUGGGUGAACUAUACCUUUAAGUUUAAAUGUAUGCACUUUGAUUCACUUUAUCGUAUUUUGGAAAUGUGAACACUUUUCAGUGUUUUGAUUUGGUCACGCAGACAUUUCCAUAGAGCGAUCACGAAUCACCAGAGGCCUGAAGCCAGAAGCAGUGAAAAGCAGCAUUAUACGGCGCGUCCCGGCUGGCUGCUGAUGUGGCAGAUGUCUUAGUGUGGCUCUUUCCAUUGAAAGGAUGAAACCACAGAUGAACAAAAGAGAGGACGCCUGUGGUUCUGUCACUGCUUUCUGAGGAGAAACAAUAAGAGUGAGGGGCUGCAAGGGUUAUAGGGUCAACACAUAUUCCCUUUAUGACCGUUUCUUCUAAGAAUCUGAAUGAUUCAAUUUUGAGGUAUUAUGGGAUCACUUGCCAUCCACUUUAACAAAUUUUGUGCUGAAACAUUCCGAAUGUUGAAAUUAACAAUAUAUACAUAUGCGGCAUCCCAAUUUGCAUACUUCUAUGCAAUAAAAAGAUGUAAUUUGCUUGAUUGUACGUAGUAAGACUGACUGUGUUUAAAAUAACACACUAGCAUAUUAUUCUUACUGUUGCUGCAGUAUGUACUAGCAUUCAAAAGUUUGGGCUCAGUGUGAUUAUUUUUUAUUAUUAUUAUUAUUUUGAGAGGCCUAGGCUGCAUUUAUUUGAUCAAAAGUACAGUAAUGUGAAAUUAUUACAAUUUAAAAUAAAUUUUCUAUGUGAAUAUAUUUUUAAAUGCAUUUUAUACUGGGAUGCAAUGCUGAAAAAAAAAAUGCUUAAAAAUCAUUCUAAUAUGCUGAUUUUGCAGCUCAAGACACAUUUGUUAAUGUUGAAAAAGCUGCUUAAUAUUUUUGUGGAAGCUGUGAUAUGGUUUCAUGAUUCGUUGAUGAAUAGAAAGUAAAAAUAAUAAUAAUUUUGUAACAUUAUAAUGUGUUCUUGGUGAAAAAAAAUACUACUGACCUCAAACCUUUGAAUGGUAGUAUAGUUUGCACAGAAUGCAGAUUUUAUGAAUGAGAGCUUAGAGUGUGGACUUGUGUAUCCCACAAAUCAAUGCACUCGACUUGACCUUUCUUCCAGAGUGGUGGGUGAACUGGAAGUAAUACUCGCUUGUGAUUUUUCACAUCUCUUGCCUCACUUAUUUGAUUGGUCUUGAAUUUUCCACACACAUACAAAAAACAAAAAAAACCACGAAGGUUAUAAUUGGAAGCCAGAAUUACAGUUAAAAUGUGUAGAAUAAAGCCUUACUGCUUUACUUACUGAAAAAAAAGGUACAAGUAUACAAUGUAUACUGCACAGUAGUAAGAUAUAGUAUACAAUUUUGAACAUAGCCAGAAUGGUAAAAACGACCACAUUAUAAAAUUCUGAACCAGAACCCAUUUAAAUGUGCUUAGAAGCAUUAAAGCCAUUUAAUACAUCAAUUUAUUACUUUUUUUGUUACAACUUUUUUUUAUUUUGAAAUUUAAGGAUAAUACAAGUAACAACUGAUGUGGCAGUUUCAGCCUUGUAUUGCUUGCUUUUUUAAAUGAUUGAACAUUCGUUAGAGAAUUGUCACAAACCACUACUCUUUCUGUAGUGCGAGGGCUAAUGGGGCAUUAUUAGCCUAAACACCACAUAUAUUAUGGCAUUUGGAAACACUAGGAUUUGGGAUUCACUAAUGCUGAUUUACAAGCUAUAUAUACAGUAGGAUGGAUUGCAUGGGUCCACGAAUGGCAUCAAAUGUUGGCCACCAGAGGGAGCAGUUGAGUUGGCAUCUGUAGCCAUCAACCUCUUUCAAAAGAAAAACACUAACAGUAUUAUCAGAUAGUGUAUUGAGUUAUGUCUUUGCUCUUUCUACACAUGUAAUUGCCUAAUAAGGAGCAAGUGCUUGCAUGGCUGUCUUGCUCGACUUCCUGUGAAUGUGAAAUCCAGUAAAGUGUAUGUGAGUUUCUGGACAUUCUACAAGACUAGUUGAUAAACAUUCAUUACAGUUUUAUUACAGCCUUAUAUUCAAUAUAACUUACUGUAUGUUGCAACACGAUAAUACAGUAUGCACAGCAUUCACAUCUUAAUAUUUUAAGGAUUUACACUGGCUUUGAUUGCGAUAUCAUGGGGAGUACAUUUAUGUAUUUAGGGAACUAUGCAGACGCAAGUAAUUUCGCUCGUAAUGGUCACACGGUGUCCCUGCUGUUCUCUAUCAAGUCCUUUCUCUUCCUAUAGCUGACAUGUUUCACAUUGUUUCAGUAUGAAUAUUACCUGUUUCUUGUCUUAAUUGUUGCACAGCAUGUGUAAAGUCAUUAUGAUUCCCAGCAGGUCUUCAUUAAAUGCCAGCAAUAUCAUUUCCAUAGCAGUGGAACAGAAAAUCAUGCAGGACUUAUUUCAAAUGACAUUUACUCGUUAAGCCUAUAUAUAUAUAUAUAUAUAUAUAUAUAUAUAUACAUAGUUUUAACCUCUGAAAUUGUGACACCACAUUUAUGCUCUGGAUGACAUUAAAGAGAUGUCAAAAUUGA